AUGUUAUCACCACUACCCUACAGAAUAACCUGGAAUCGACCAGUUUUGCUCAUCGUCGUGCUUGUCCUCCUCUCAUGGACACUACCUGUAUACGCAACACGAGAGGCAGAAGUCGAGGCAUCCAUGAAGAGAAUACGCCACGGGCCAGUAAUACCAGCUGCACCGACGGAGUUAAAAAGCACCUUUGACCAAGACGCGACAUAUGAGCUUCACAAAAGGCGGAACAGCGACAACGGUAACCGUGAUGCGAAUACAGGAAAUUACCCAAACAAUCACGAACCAUAUGGAAUUGACCCCCAGAGGUCUAGCCACUCAAACACGCUGAAUGGCGAAAGACGAGACGCACCUGCACCUGUGCCGGAAUACACGCCGAUAGUGACGCCCGCUCCGGACCAGGAGGCCGUGCUGGCGAGCCAGGGGUACAAGCAGAUUACGUAUUAUACGUGUAAUACUAUUGGAGGCAAUGAACACUGCGGUUGGCAUGUGCCGAUUGUGAAGGCGCAGGGAGUACGGAGGGACUCAGGGACGGUGUGGAUGGUUGUUGGGUGUUUGGCCGGUGUGUUUGCCUUGGGGUUGAUGUAG